AUGCCCAAGGAGCGGCCGCUCUGGCGGGGCCCGGCUUUCCGCCUCUGCCUGCUCUCCGCGGCGCUCUUCCUCUGCCUCCAGCUGGGCAUGAGGCGAUCCUGGUGUCCGGAGGAGAAGCCCCGGGAGCGGGCGGUGGCGGCGGGGCGGGCGCCCCCCCCGCCCCGCGGCGCGGAGCAGCGCCCGGGCGCGGCGGCGGCGCUGGGGGGCAGGCGGCGGGUCACCUACGUGCGGAGCGGGCGGCGGGGGAGCGCCGCGCCCGCCUGCUGCGCCCUGCAGCCCCCGGGCGGCCGCCGCAGGAAGACUGUAAGAUGGCACGUUGAACUACAACCAUGGGCAAGUCCAACUCCUUCCCUCAACUACGAGGCAUUGAGGUUCCUAAAGUAUAUUAGCACUUCUCAGAUUUCAUGUGAACAUAUGAACCUGAACAGCCUGAAAGGGUACUCUGAAACCUCAAAAAAGCCCUGGUCGAUCUGUCUUGAUGAGAGGUUUAGCCUCAUUCACCGAAUCAGAAGCAAGCAAUGCCGUCUGUAUUCACUUGGGCUAGGCAGUGAUGACAACCAGUUUGAGGUCGGCAUGGCCAACAGUGGGUGUGAGGUGCAUCGCUUUGACCCCAGCAUCAAGUCGGCGCACAUUCAGGAGGGUCGGCACCUCUGGUACCAUCGCCUGUCCAUUGACUGGAGGGAUCCCAAUCCAGCCAUUGCUGCUCACAAGCUUCACAGCAACACAAAGAAGCUGGGCACAAUAUUGAAUGAAUUUGGACAUCAGAAGAUUGAUGUCCUCAAGGCAGAUGUGGAGAGUGCUGAGUGGAAAAUUUUGGAAAACCUGAUCCUGGAAGAUGUUGUUGAGCAGAUAGGACAGCUGGUCUUUGAGGUGCACAUCCACUGGCCUGGAUUUGAAGUUAGCGGCAAUGACAGCACGGUGGUGCGGUACUGGUACAGUCUGCUCCGAGAACUGGAGCUGAAGGACUUCAGGCUUUUCUAUACCUACAAAGACUUAUCAAAACCACAGAUGUUCCUGAAAAAGAAAGCCUUCAACGCCAGUAGCUGUUACACACUGAGCUGGGUAAAUACAAGAUGGAAAUAGCAGAAAGGAAUUUAUGAUGUGUGACUGCGAGGCAUCUGGCCCUGGAGCAUUACUGAAGAGGACUUUGGCAUCACUGGCUUAGGUUGCUAAAUUUGUACAUGGUGACUGCUAACAAAAUGGCCUGGCUUUUUUAUUUAUAUGUUGUCAAAAGACCUGGCACUAGGAGAAGAUACAUGGUGCAGAUCUGUGUAGCAACAUAUUUGCCAGUGGGUACACUGUCUCAGAGGACAGAGGUUUCUGUAAAGGUUUGCCUGGGCAAGCUAACAGCAAGGCUUUUCCAGGCUGCCCCAUGCUUGAGCAUGCCAGCAAGGCAGGGCUGUCCUGGGAAGCUGUGCUGGUUCAGCUGUGCCAGCCCUUGGGCAGGAGAGUGCUUCUGAGGAGGUGCCUUUCUAAGAAACGGUCAAGUGUUACUUCUCUGUAAAGCAAUUGUCUUUGAUUUGCACCUUCUUUACUUUGGCUUUGUUUCCUAUGGAACAAAUUUUAGUCAAGAACAGUAUGUUCUUGAACCCGCUGGCAAAUUUCAGCUGAAUUGGGCAGAGGCAGAAUUCACCACCAAACUAAACUUCUACCUAUUUCGUUGAGCAGCUUCUGGGUGCUCUGACUUUGGGUCUUUAAGCUAGUCUGGCUGCAUGAAGCGAGUUCAACGCUUCUGACACAGGAGACGGUGGGACAGAGACACUCAGCUGCUGGAAAAGCUGCUGCCAGUGCUCUCCCUCCUCACCCUCCAUAGUCUUCAGCCACAGAAGAAAGGGCUUCCCUAGUUCAUCUGCUCAAAAACCAGCUUGAUUUAAAUUAGUCAUGCAAUGGCUGCAGUGAAUGGCUUUUCAUCUAGCCAAGAUACUUACGUAAAAGAGAUGAAAGUGAAACCUGGUCUUUUUGUUUGUUUCUUUUGAACCAUUUGCUGAUGCCUUCUCCAGUGCUGUGCCUGAACACCUGCACCUCCUCAGCACCUUGCUGGCCCAGCUGCCUGUCCCUGGCACAAAGAGGCCAGACCCUGGAUCUGCACCGAUGCUGGCAGAGGUGGUGACUCAGUCAGGUGCCCUGGUCUGCUGCUGUGCUGGGGCUCUGCAGGCUGGGAUGUGGAUUGUCUGCAGUGCACCCCCAAGGAGCCAGCCUUUGGCAUUUCCUGGGGAGCUAAGGAAUGGGGGGAGCUAAAAAAUAUAUAGCAGAUUGGGGUUUUUCUUAUUUUUAAAAGAAUUUUGACAUUAAACUUUGCAUUAAAAUACAAUAUAUCACCACUUGCAUGUCUUUAAUACGUGGCCUUUGUAACUGCCUUUGGUUUCUGACUUCUGCAGGGCUUGGUGUCCCUCCCCUUGGCGUGCCUCAGUCCAGUGUUUUGUUUUCAACAAGUCUCUCCCUCUGUCCCCAUGUAGUUCC